UAGUAAAUACGACGAUGUCAGGGUAAUGUGUUGUCCUCCGGUACAUACAAGAUUCGGAUUAAAAACAAAACACAGAUGAAAAUUAGUCUAUUCAUAGUAUUGUGACAUAGUACAGUAGUCCAUAAAAGUCCAAAAUAUGCUAGAUGAUAAGGAAAAAACAAACACUGCAUAGUUUGAAUAAUUGCGGCUCUAGUAUUGCUAGUAUUCUAGUAACUAUCAGAAAAAAAAAACAAAAUGUCUCAGGAAAGUGUCAUCGUAUUCACAAUUUUUUACGCCCUGUUAUGCUUCUGCAUCGUUUAUCCCUCGACGGAGUUUGAAUCAGCUGGAUUAACAGUUGAUCACAUCUUCUCAUCAAGGCUUGGUUCGGAGUCAAUAUCCUUUGUUCAAUAUCACAUACGUCGCACGAGUUUAAAUUUGAUGGUGCACUCGUUACUUCCGCUUAUGUAUAUUAGAGUAUACUUCAUGCAGUUUGCAAGUGAAGCGAAUCCUGAUUCGUACUCUACAGUGAUGGUCACUUGGAAAAUUUUGAUUGCUGCUGUUGUGUUGCUUCCUACUUUAGUAGCUACUGCGAUUUACUACUGGUCUCGGAAUAAUUGGCAAAAUCAUCCCGUAGCGAAGCAUUUGACAAAGUUUGCUACAUCGAGAACACGUUUCGUGGACUGGCAAGCGGUUGCUACCAGCAUAAAUGAUGAAUACCGAAGAGAUGAUAAAGUGGUCAUCCGUAUGAAUCCAAUUUCGCGAAUCGUAGCAACCGAGAGUUGGGUCAUCAAAACCGGACCAUAUUGGAUUAAUGUUGCUCAUCAAGAUGACACCACAAUGAUUGCUUAUAAGAGUGAUACCCACGAAGUAAGUCAGGAGGCGUUCGAAACCGUUCAAUUUGUCAACAUUGCUGUAAGACCCAUACGAGAAGAAAUAAAAGAAUUUUCCAUACGGAUAAACGCACUUGACUUCAAGGAAUUGCAGGAUCGCCUUAGUCACCCAAUAACCAUUCUUUCAAGUGUUAAAUUUCAUCGUUCCGUACUAGACCGCUUUGUGGAUGUGUUUAUGGAUCAAGUCUCGCAGAACCCAAUUUAUCGAUUGGAUUCCGACGUUGUCAUGGAAAAUUUGGAUAGUUGCUUCGCCUGUAUGCAAACCCAGCCGAAUAUAAAGAUAGAGAAACACUGUUUAGACGUAGAUGGAAACGGAGAGCCUCUACCGCAAGCUCGGUGUUGCCAAGUGUGCAAUUGUCGGCCUAUGUGGUGUAUUGAAUGUGUAGCUAAAUGGUUCGCUUCGAGACAAAACCAAUCCGAACGUGAUUCUUGGUUGCAACAAAAGUGCACCUGUCCGAUGUGUCGCGCUCGUUUUUGUAUAUUAGAUGUAUGUUACAUAGAAGGAAUGCGACGAGGAGUUAACUCAUAACAGAGAAAAAAAUGCGACAAACCAUGUUAUGUGCAACGUUUUUAGCUUCAGUUGUUUAAUAAUUUACAUUUUGAUACGUUGUAUGCAUAUUCGUAAGAAUAAUCAAAAAUUUCUUUUCUU